AUGGCAGAAAAAGAGCUCUCACCAAUCCAGAGGAGCACCUCCAUCGAUUCAAGCCAAGAAUCCUCCCCACGAAGCAGCACCAGCACCUCCACCCACUCCACAACCCGCCACUGCCGCGUCCCCAGCAUCGGCAGCAAAAUCCCUCACCUCCCUCACCUCCCGCACCUCCCCCAUCUCCCACACUCCUUCCAAAAGAUCCUCACCCCCAAAACCCCCGCCCCAACACCCCUCCGUCUACGAACCGACUCCGACGCCUCCGCACCCCCUAUCCCCGACCUCCCACCCGACCGUCCAGAAUUCAGCUACCUCUCGCCCAUACGAAAAGUGCCCUCCCUCCCUUCCACGCACAAAGUCCUGAAUACACAUACAAACACAAGUACACAUGUGAAUACAAAUCCAGGCCACCACGUAAAACACAAAGGCCUAACCUCCGUCUGGAAAUGCUUUCACUGCGGUCGGAAUCUACCAUAUAUGGGUGUACCUCCUGGACCCUUUCCCAAGUGCUGUGGGGAGGAGAUGCAACCGCCCGAGGGAUGUAAUUUGAGGGUUUGCGAGACGUGUCGGUUGCAGGAGAUUAUGUUUGAUCCCGAGAAAGGGGAGUAUCGGUGUAGAUGUGGGGGGUGGAUGGUGCAUAGUUGGAGGAUGAACGGGGGGUAAGUUUUUCUUCUUCUUUUUUGUUCUUCUGUUUUUUGGAAUGGGAAGGGGAUUGUGGUCGUGGUUGUGGGAUUGUGGGACUAUGCUGAAAUUUCUAUUUUCUAGAUGGGAUGAGGAGGAUGAGGAGGAGGUGGUGGAUAAUUCCGAGGAUUUGGAGGCUAUGGAGGUUAUGGAGGUUACGAGGGUGAUUCAGGAGGUUUUGUGA